AUGCCUUGCACACAACAGAUCACCUUGUACACGGCCACGUUCUCGGCGUACGCCCACAGGGCUGAAAUUGCGCUCGAAGAGGCGGGAGCGCAGUACACCCUCUACAAGAUAGACCUCUAUAUACGCGACAUGCCGGAAUGGUACACACGCGUCAAUCCUCUUAGAAAGGUUCCCGCGAUCACGUUCGGUGGACCGCAGGUGCCGCCCGACGAGCCCUCCCCCGGGUCCCAGAAGCUCAGAGAAUCGCUGGCGCUGAUCGAGUUCGUCGCGGACACAUUCCCGGAGUCAAAGCUGCUCCCGGCGGACCCCUUCCUUCGCGCCCGCGCCCGCACAUUCAUCUCCCUCUAUCACAGCUACAUCCACGAGCAGUUCAUGAACGUAUUCUUCCGCGGCGUCCCGGUGACGGACGGCUUCUUCCAGGCGUUCGAGACGCUGCAGAGCGCGCUGCCCCCCACGGGGUUUGCGGUGGGCGAAUGGUCGCUCGCGGAGACGGCGGUGGGGCCGUUCCUCGCGCGCAUUAUGCUGUACCUCGAUGCAGGGUUCGGGUGGUACAGUGAGGCGGAUCGCGAGACUAUGCGGGCGGAGUUUGCCAGUGCGCGGUUUGCGCGCCUCCAGCAGUACAUCCAGGACAUCCGCGCGCGUCCGAGUUUCGCGAAGACCUGGGGAGGGGAUGCCGUGCAAGUCGAGACGGUGAGAGCUACUCUUCCCAAGCUACGACGUGAGCGUAUAGCGUAA